AUGCCAUCUAGACAGGCCUCUCACUCUGGAUCAUGGUACCCAGAUAAUGGCCGAACCCUGGCCCGUCUGCUGGAUGGCUGGCUGGCCCAGGUCCCAGACGCGAUGGAGAAAGUCGGCCCACUGCCAGCUCCAGGAGCCAGAGUGAUCAUCGCACCGCAUGCGGGUUAUUCGUACUCGGGGCCCUGCGCAGCCUACGCAUACAAGGCGCUGGAUCUCUCCAAAGUGAAGCGGAUAUUUAUUCUGGGGCCAUCGCAUCAUGUCUCGCUCGCAACACUGGCUCUUCCAAGACUAACUUCUUACCGUACCCCUCUAUCCGAUGAACCCCUACCACUAGACACCGAGCUGAUUGCCCAGCUUCUCGAAACCCAGGCCACCAAACCGGACGGGGGAAAGAUGGCCUUUACAACCAUGUCGCGUUCAGUCGAUGAAGACGAGCACAGUAUUGAGAUGCAGCUGCCCUAUAUCCACCGCUUGCUCCAGCUCCAAUAUCCAGAUUCUCCAGCCUCUGAAUACCCACCUCUAGUUCCAAUCAUGGUCGGAAAUACCACAGCCGCGACAGAGAAAGCAUUCGGAGCCCUUCUAGCCCCUUACCUGGCGGACCAGGCAAAUGCCUUUGUGAUAAGUUCAGAUUUCUGCCACUGGGGCAUCCGAUUCCGCUACACAUACUAUGUUCCCCAGGCCCCUAGCCCAGGGCCAAUGCUCCCAGCGUCUAGUGAUGUACUUCCGCAACCCGGGAUGGAUACUAGAAGCGUUGAGCGGGCUUUGGAGAUGGCCUCAUCUGGUCACUCCCUGCGGCAGCGCGAUCGGCCCUCGGGUCGUGGACCAGCCAUUCACGAGAGUAUCUCAACAUUUGACAUAGCGACCAUGGCUGCUAUCACGACGGGAUCUUCGCAGUCUUUUCGCGACAUUGUUGAACGCACGGGUAACACAGUAUGCGGGCGCCAUCCGAUCGCGGUAAUCAUGGCAGCCCUGGAAGUCUACAAGACAAAUCAACCAGAUGAGCAGGAGGGACGCUUUUACUUUCUACGAUACGAGCGUAGCUCUGAUGUAGAAGAGAUUGACGAGAGCUCGGUGAGCUAUGUAUCUGCAUUUGCCGUGCUCUAA